AUGGAGACGGCGUUGCGCGACGCGGCCCGGCCGGGCCCGCCCUCCGCCGCCAACCAGAAAGCUGCAGCAGGAAGAGGGCGCCACCGCCGUGACUGCCGCUGGGCGGAUCCACCCCGCCCCCGGCCGCGGCCCCGGGCCACAAUUUGCAUGCCAUGCAAACUCAACUUCCAGCCAAUCCACCCUAAAAUGGUGAAGUGUGCUCCACCCGAUACGGAAUGAGCGUUGAAGCUGCCAUAAUGAUAACCAACAUAUUGAGUGACAGAUAUGAUGAUUCAGCAAGUAAUUGGGGUUGCGGAGGAGUCUUGCAAAAGGAAACCCGCAAAGCAAAGCUUUAUGGACAGGUGGCGAUGUUCCUGCUACGCAGCCAGGUGGAGCAAAAAUAAAUUCCUAUACAACGAUGGAUUUCUUCCGUUUCCCAACCUGCUACAAGAUGGCUCUUUCUUCGUUUUCGACCAGCUGUGCUGCCGUGUAACGAUUGCCAACCUACGGAGAUGACCUAGGCCCACGAGCGUGUGUGUGGUUCAGCGAUAGUAUCUUGUCAUCUGCCGUAUCCGAAGCUUGCAUUUAACUGGCUCGUCGAUUCAAUGGCGCACAACAACAGACAAAUGGUUAAAGUGUUCAACAUGUCACUUUCAGCAUCAUCGAAUAUAUCCUAAAGAGAAAGACAGCACCAUUUCAUAACGUUUAUGAAUGAAAAAGUGAAUAAAUCUUUAAGAAUGGAAUCCUUUUCCGCCGCUGAACGAAAACUGUAACUUCGCCGGGACAUUCUCGAGAAAUUUGCGGGAAAAUGGAAUUCGACUCUGUAAGCUGUUAUUCCAUCUAUAGCGUGCAGUCACGGGAGCGCAAAAUGGCGGAGACGUCGGCCAGCGCGGUCGACCUCGACGAGAUCCUGGAAGAGGUCGGCCAGUUUGGGAAGUACCAGAUCACCUCCUACCUGCUCAUAAGUCUGCCAAUCUUUUUCACCGUAAUCUCAGGGACCAGCUACGUUUUCACCGCAGGAGACCUCGACUACAGGUGUCAUAUACCAGAGUGUUUAGACUCAGGAAAUCAAUACAUGCCACCUUGGAUAGCAAAUGCUGUGCCUUUUGAAGGAAAAGCAAGUCAUAGGAUUCCUAGUCGAUGUCUACGAUAUGAGCCUGCAAAUGAAAACAUCACAUCAUAUUCUCCUCAUUCUGUUUCUUGCCCUGCAGAAAUGUUCCUUAAUACAACAAUACGAUGUAAUAAAUGGGUGUAUCAAAGAGACGAAUCUACAAUUGCUAGUGAGUGGGACAUAACAUGUGAUGAAAAUCAAUGGAAAUUGACUCUUGUUGGAACAGUGAACAGUAUUGGCUAUUUUGUUACUACCCCUAUAGCUGGAUAUACCUCUGACAGGUUUGGAAGGAAAGCAGUUCUUCUUGGUGCUAUAUCUUUAGCUUGUUUUUCUGGACUUGCUCGUUCAUUUGCUAACAACUAUGAGGUAUUUCUGCUAUGGGAAUUUCUUGACAUGGCACUUGGAGGAAGUAUUUAUGAGACUGCUUUUGUUCUAGGAAUGGAGCUCGUAGGUCCUGAGAAACGUGUUCUAGGGGGAGCUAUCAUCAGUGCCUACAAUGGACUAGGAGAAGUCUUUUUAGGACUAAUUGCUUGGGCUGUGCCAUACUGGAGAUGGAUGUUGAGAGUCAUUUAUGGACCAGCUAUCUUUCUCUUAUUGUAUUUUUGGAUUCUCCCAGAGUCUGUUCGUUGGCUUAUUGCUCAUGGCCGCAUGAAUGAAGCUGAUUCCAUAAUCCAGAAAGCAGCACGAGUAAAUGGCGUGGUGUUGUCUGACAAGUACCUGAACAUGAUGAGAGCAGCUUCAUCCCUAGAGCAGCAAACUGCUUUAAAAGAUGAUAAGGCUGAUGCAGAAUCUACAGAUAGUGUUCCAUUGAAGGAUGUCUUGAUUGAAGUGUUUCAGUCACGAGUUCUACUUUUAAGGCUGUUUGUAUGUUGUUGUUGUUCGUGUGUUAAUAUGUUUGUCUUCUAUGGUUUAUCUCUGAACUCAGUGACUGUCGCUGGAAACAAGUACCUUAAUUUUAUCUUGGUUAGUCUUAUUGAAUUGCCUGGAUAUUUGGCCACUUAUCUGGGAAUGGAUAGGUUUGGACGAAAGAUGACACUUUGUGCCUCUUUAACAUUCAGUGGAGCAUGUUGCACUGCUUACAUUUUCGUUGCUAAUGUUGAAGCAGAUUGGAUGAGACUUGUUUUAUUCAUGGCUGGCAAGUUUGGAAUUACAAUUUCCUUUACUGUGAUGUAUGUAUAUGCAACAGAAAUGUUUCCAACACAACUACGUCAUUCCUUACUUGGUACCUGUUCCAUGUUUGGUGGCUUGGGAAUUACUGUUGCACCCCAAACUCCUCUUUUAUCGAGGUACAUGGAAGCCCUUCCACUUCUACUUUUUGGUGGAAUGUCAUUGGCUACAGCAGUUUUGGCUCUUCUACUUCCAGAAACUGUUGGUACAAAAUUACCAGACACUGUUGAAGAGGCAGAGAAUAUUGGAAGAAAACCUGUACCCUUAACUCCACCUCGAAGAUUUAGUCAGAGAGAUGUUUUUAGUCAAGAUUGUGUUCAGAGUCUGACUUUGAAAUCAGCCUCUUCACCUGAUGUAUAAUUCCAUUGCUGAUUUGCACAUUAAGACAAUAGAAAGAGAGUUGUAGGAUGGUAUGUGAGGAAAACAAAAUACAAGACAACCUGUCCUCAAAAACGUCAUUCAAUUAGUCAGGGUGUUGCAAGCAAUAUGACAGUGAAGGAAUGAAGUUAAGAAAAUUACAAGAAUUGAAGUAUUUAUCCUCAGAAUACAUAGUUCAUACUGCUUAUCAUUAAUACAUAUUAAGGAAUGUAUAAUCUGAUAACAAUAUUUCUUCAAUAGAGGUGCAUGGAGGUAGUUUUAAAUUUUCAUCUCAUACAUCUGGCAUGAUUAUAUUUGAAUUCUGAACUUUCAUCUUGACUGUUGAUGACUAGAAUUUUAAGUGCAAUCUCUGUAGAUCUUGCACAGGUCUUUUGAAGAUAUGACAUUCAAAAGAUUUUUAUAUUCUAAAAGAGAUUUACUAGUAGAGUAAUCUCCAUUACCAUCAUUAUUAUUGUUACUGUAUGCCAAGAGGUUUUAUCCUCUAGAUUUCUGCACUGGCUGUGUUUGGAAUGCUCAAGCAAUUCCUAGUUAUUAAUUCUAGUGUAGUACCUAAUGUAAGAAACACAAUAUAUUUUUUAAUUUCUCUCAUUUUUGUAUCACACAGUGAUUGUUUUUCUCUCAAAAUUGGAGAGUUGAUAUCCAGGCAGAGUUGCACCUCUAGCUGAUUCAUUAUUGUUUCAUUGAUCAUCCAUGUUCUUUGAUGAUGCAAUUACAUUAGAAACUAUCAUAAUAAUUCUAAUUAUAUGUGUAUUUUUAGUAUCAUUUGUAUUUUUCAUCAUUUUACUAUAUAAUUCAUUUUCAUUAGAAAUAAAUGUCAUUGGCCUCAUUAGGUUUGUUUUAAAGCACUUGAGAAUAUUUCAUAUUUCAUGUUCUCCUACGCAAGCGAUUUUACCAAAGAUAAACAACCAUAGUUUUAAUCAUGUAGUAUGUGCAUUAAGGGUUGUAAAUCAUUUUCUAAUCAUUCAUACCUCUAAUUCUAUGUAUUAAUUUUAAUGAAACUUUCAGUUGUGGCAUUUCUUUGGCACAAGCAUGAAGCCUAAUAGCACUUCUGCUGCCUUAUAAUAAAUGAAAUGAUAUCACUGACAUUACCAUCCUUAUAUAUUUGAGCAUAUUGUUAUCUUUAUAAAAAUAACAGCAACAGAAACUUUUAGGAAUGCAGCGUAAUUGGUAAAAUCCGCUGAUAACAACACAUGCAGAAGUUUGCAUAUCUAUUAUUGCUGUAUGCAAAAAUUAUUUUAAUCUGGACACUUUUAUUUUUUUCAUUAAUGCUACAUGAAGUGAUGGUGAUUUUUAUAUGUGAUAUUGAUGUAGUGAUAAAAUUAGGAGCAAGAAUGUAAAGGUUCAGCAAGAUCCAUAGAGUAGAAGAAUGGAAUACUUUUUGUGCUGGGAAAUGCAUUUGGAAUUCUUCUCAAAUGUUUAUCUUUUAAGGAUUGAUUAUUAUUCUACCUUUUUAAUUAUUAUGAUGAUAAUUUUGUUUGUAAUUUGAAUGUGACAACAGGAAAAAUGACUACUUUCUGAUAUAUUGUUAACAAUUACUUUUAGGUUCUUGAGCAAUUUCAUAGCAUAACCAAGGCUCAGAAUAAUAAAUUUGUUGUAGUCAAGCAAUCAUGUGAUAUAAAAUGUGUUUUGAUUGCCUUUGCUAGAAAUGUGAAAAGAAAUUGAUAUUGUAUGGGACAGUAUUAUAUUGUCCGUGAUAUUAAAAGAGAUGCCUUAUUACUCGUUAAAUUAGUACAAAUGUAAGAAAUGUUCUUUCUAUGAGAGUGAGGAAUGUCUCGUAUUUCAUCCAAAGCUACUUUAUCUCUGUAAUUUUCAUAGUCAUAAUCAUACAUACAUCAUUAGUGCAUUAUCAAUGAACUGUACUUAAUAUAUCACAGUCUUGUAUAUUUGUAUUUAUUUUGAGAUAGUAAACUUUAAAAGAUACUCUACUAAA